AUGCCUGGCUGCUGCGCAGACCAUUUCACCGUGGACCAAUUUGAGCCACUCAUUCUCGCGAAAACUGGUGAGAAAAAGCUGAAGUUGAAUGCUGUACCAAGCAUUUUUUCCCACCGGCCAGUCGAAAAGACACGUAAGCCGCCGUGCAAACGUUUGAGAGAAAACAAUCCUGUCACUACCACGGCCAGUGUGGAGGCAGAGACCACGUGUGAAGUGGAAAAGACUGUCUCGCACGAGGAGGAUAUGGACACAUGUAACGACGCUUCAACACUGUGCACCGAAACACCCAUAUCAGGACCAGAGAAUGCAGUGACGGGAUACAGCAACUCGAAGAUCAAGUUCAAGGUGCGCGACGAAGACUGAACCUUGCACAUAGACAGAGGUGCCAAGCACUUCUUGCAAACAAGCGUAUUGUCUCAAGACUAAAGAAAUAUUUAAAUGAUGACCAGUUGAAGUGCCUCGAAAAGCUGACAAUGAAGGGGGUUCAGUGGAGAAAGAAGGCGUUCAUAAAGUCGUUAAAAGUUAGACUAUCCUGUGGAAAACGUGGCUACAGCACUGUCAAAGAACUUGGACAACCCUUGCCUUCUGAGCGCACUCUGCAACGUCACCUGGAAAUGUACAAGUUCGAACCAGGGCUGCUGAACGACAUCAUGAGGUCCCUUG